AUGGCGCCGUAUCCAGGGUCUGAUGCUGACUAUCUUAAGGAUAAGGCGCGCAGGGAGUUGUUGACCCUUCUCGAAGGCGUGCGUGGUAAGAAAAACCUUGUCAUCGGCCAGGACCUGGCAGGUCCAGUUGGAUUGUUCGUCAAAUUCUCUCAACUUCAAGAGUACGGCGUAGAUCGAGUCUUCCUGCUCGAAAAUGCCAAUGUCGAUUCGUCCCAGCGCAAUAUUGUAUUCCUAGUUCAUGCCGAGAAGAUACGCCAGGUGCGUACAGCAGCAGAACAAAUCAAGCGUUUACAACAGAACGGCAAUGUUGAGCAUGAAUUCUCCAUAUUCUGGGUGCCCAGGCGGACCUUCGUAAGCAAUAAGAUUCUGGAAGAAGCGGGAAUCAUUGGCGAUGUCAAUAUCGCUGAGCUUCCCUUAUACUUCAUCCCCUUGGAGCAAGACAUCCUGUCUCUCGAGCUGGAAGAUUCCUUCAGCGACCUUUACUUGCAUAAAGAUCCAGGCUGCAUAUUCCUCGCCGCCAAGGCUCUGAUGGAUAUCCAACAGAGACAGGGUUAUUUCCCACGGAUCAUCGGCAAGGGUGAUCAUGCACGUCGACUUGCAGAUCUUAUAUUACGGAUGAGAAAGGAGCUUGAUGCCGAAGAAAGCUCCGGCUUGGCUGAUCACUCGUCCAGAGGACUCCUCCCCAGCGCAAGCACUGAGAGUCUGAUCAUUAUCGAUCGAGAGGUGGACUUCGGCACCCCUCUUCUCACACAACUUACCUAUGAGGGAUUAAUAGAUGAGUUUGUUGGCAUCAAAAAUAAUCAAGCAGACGUGGACACGGCCAUCGUCGGAGCCAACCCUGCCCCACAAGCCCAGGAAUCUUCCAAGGCACCUCAGCAGACUUUGAAACAUGGUCAGAAGCGCAAGAUCCAGUUAGACUCCUCUGAUCAGUUAUUCAGUCAACUGCGUGAUGUCAACUUCGCCAUAGUCGGCGAUCUUCUGAACAAGGUGGCACGGCGCCUUGAAAACGACUAUGAGAGCCGCCACACAGCAAAGACAACUUCAGAGCUUCGUGAGUUUGUGAGUAAACUACCAACUUAUCAAUUAGAACAUCAAAGUCUUCGGGUCCACACCAAUCUCGCUGAAGAAAUUAUGAGAAAUACGCGCUCUGAUAUCUUCCGCAAAAUUCUCGAAGUACAACAGAACAAUGCUGCGGGCACAGACCCAACGUACCAGCACGCAGCCAUAGAAGAGCUGAUUGCUCGGGAUGUGCCCCUGAAGACUGUCCUUCGCUUAUUGUGCCUGGAAUCAUGCAUGCUGGGUGGCCUCCGUCCCCGCGACUUGGAGAACUUCAAGAGGCAGAUUGUCCACGCAUAUGGACAUCAACAUCUGCUGACUUUCUGUGCAUUGGAGAAAAUGGAGCUUCUACAGCCACGGUCAUCGGCCACCACUAUGCUGAUUCCCACGAAUGGCGCACAGGCAGGUUCUAAAACAAACUACAACUACUUGCGAAAGAAUCUACGCCUUGUAGUGGAGGAGGUCAGCGAAAAGGAUCCCAACGACAUCGCUUAUGUGUACAGUGGCUUCGCACCUCUCAGCAUCCGCUUGGUCCAGUGCGUGUUACAGAAACCUUACGUCUUUUCCCUCAUCAAGGGUGGUUCUGCCCCUGCCACCGCCAGCCCCGCCAGUGCCGCCUCCCCCGGAUGGCUUGGUUUCGAGGAAGUAGUCAAGAGCGCCCGCGGCGCGACUUUCAGCAUCGUCCAGAAGGGCGACGAUAAAGCAGUUCGUGCACGGCAGACACUCAGCGGCAACAACACCACCAAGACCGUGUAUGUUUUCCUUCUGGGUGGAGCGACCUUUACGGAGAUUGCGGCGCUGCGAUUCAUUGCAGCGCAGGAAGCUCCACGGCGGAAGAUUGUCAUCUGCACGACGAGCAUAAUCAAUGGCGAUCGGAUGAUGGAGGCUGCAAUUGAGAAGGGGAGUUUUGCAAAGACGGAGUGA